AUGGUGAAGAAGAGGACGUGCCACAGAAGACGUCGGACAGGUCCGGGGCGACGCCAGCCUGUGUCUGGACCCCGGGGCACCUUGGUAGGCUGCAGGAUCCAGCAUGGGUGGAGAGCGGACACCGGCCCUGCGGCCAAGUGGAGGGGCACUGUCCUGGACCAGGUGCGCGUGAACCCUUCCAUGUACCUCAUAAAAUACGACGGCUGCGACUGCGUGUACGGACUAGAGCUGAACAAGGACGAGAGGGUGUGCGCCCUCCGGGUCCUCCCAGGCCGGGUGGCCCGGCCUGGAAGCAGCGAUGCGCGCUUGGCCCGCGUGAUCGUGGGCAGGGCGGUGGAGCACACGUUCGAGACCGAGGACGGCUGUCAGGAUGAGUGGAGGGGCACGGUCUUGGCGCAGGUGCCCGGCAGGACCACGUGGUUCUACAUCACCUACGAGAAAGACCCAGUCUUGUACGUGUACCCGCUCCUGGAUGACUACAGGGCGGGCGACCUGCGCGUCAUGCCUGACCCCAGUGAUUGUUCUCCAGCAGAAAGGGGCCCGGAAGAGGGUGAGGACAGCCUGGUGGGCAAAAAAGUAGAAUAUGUCAAAGAAGACGGCUCCAACUGGACUGGCAUGGUCAUCCACCAAGUAGAAGCCAGACCCUCCGUCUAUUUCAUCAAGUUUCAUAACGACCUCCAUAUAUAUGUCUACGAUUUGGUGAAAACAUCCUAG